AUGGAUAUUGAAGCUCUUUUCAGUGUUAAGGACAAAGUCGUCUUGGUGACGGGCGGUUCGCGUGGUAUCGGUGAAAUGAUUGCCACCGGAUUCGUACAAGCAGGAGCCAAAGUGUAUAUUAGCAGUCGUUCAUCCAAGGCCUGUGACGAAACUGCUGCUAAACUGAACGCUUUGGGUCCUGGUCAAUGCAUUCCGUUGCCCGCCGACCUCCAGAGUCUCGAUCAAAUCAAAGAGCUCGUCAGCGAACUUUCAAAGCGCGAAACUAGUUUGGAUGUAUUGGUCAACAAUGCGGGUGCAACGUGGGGUGCACCCAUCGACGAAUAUCCAGAGUUUGCGUUCCAAAAAGUCAUGAAUCUCAACGUUACUCGUAUCUUCAGUUUGACUCAAGCGUUGCUGCCAUUACUACGAACAAACGCUACGCGAGAAAACCCUUCGCGUGUCAUUAAUAUCGGAUCUGUUGCUGGUGAAAAUGUGCCCAAUUUCGAAGCGUAUGCAUACUCUGCAUCCAAGGCUGGCAUCGCCCACUUGAGCAGACACCUGGCUGGCCGCCUUGGUCGUGAAUUCAUUUUGGUAAACACCAUUGCACCCGGUUCCUUCCCUUCAAAAAUGAUUGCAGAAACAUGGCGCAAGAACAAAGAGGCCUAUUUGGCAAGAAACCCACUUGGCCGUAUCGGAACUCCUGAAGACAUUGCCGGAACAUGUCUUUAUCUUUCAUCCAGAGCUGGCAAUUAUACCAACGGUGCCACUAUUGUGAUUGAUGGAGGAAGCACCCAUAGUAGCUCACGCUUGUGA